AUGAAUUGUAUGCACAGGCAAACAGUGGACCAGCUAUUAUCAUUUUUUCCUUCUAAGAGAGAUAAAUACGAUAAAGAACAAGAUUAUCUAAGGUACAGAAUGGACAAAUGAUAGGGAUGUGAUAUGAUGUUGUACUCUUCAUUCCUCUUUUUUGUACAUUUUGAAAGGACAGUUAUUUUUCAGGAGUAAUCAAAAAGUGAAGUUGUUAACUGAGAUUUCUUAUAUGGCUUUUAAGAAUGCAGAGAAAUGGUGUUACACUUCAGCCCCUGAAUUUCCCAGCAACUCAGUCGAUACUGUGGUAAGCACAUAUGUGUAUGGAUUAGAACACUUUCUAAUUACUUGUUGUACAACCAAAAUCAAAUAGAUCACUAUGGCCUUCCUAUCAGAGUGAGAGAAAGUAUCAACAGAAGCUGAUAAAAACUUAAAGUAAACAUGAGCAAGCUACAGUAUAUUUGAAGCUUGGAAAAUUAUUUGUGACCAAGUUGUGAUCAGUUUUAGUUUUGUAUCUGAUUGGUGAAAAGGGAAUAGCAAGUUUCCUAGACAAAUUAGUUAAUCACAGAGCAAAGAAAAACAAAACAAAUGCAAAAUAGUACAUACCUUUUGACACUUGGUCGACAAUCGAUCUAUGAGAGAUAACUAUUGCUGUCUGGUAGUGCUUCCUGGUCAAAUUCCUUGCCUUCCACCAAGUUCUAGAAUAUAUAACCCUAGCUAAAUUGCAUUCAUGAAGGGUUUUCUUUUUCACCUAUAGGAACAGAACUGCUCAAGGAGACACUGAAAUUCUCCAUGUCACAACUAAAAGGUAACAAAUUUGGGUAUUAAGAACCUGGUAACCCUUGACCUCUGGGGAUUCAUAGCAAAGUGAAAAAUCCCAUCCAAUCCUGAAUUUUUUUUUUAAGCUUCUUUUCCUGUAAUUUCUUCAACUGUAAUAAACUUAUCAGGAUCACUUUGCUAUUUUCCAGUGCCCACCCGUCAAAAUGAUAUUGUAAUUAAUUUCCUAUUUAUAAAGAGAGUAAAGUUUCUCCUCUAGGAAGACAAAAAGUUCCUCAGGAACCCAACCCUGACAGUUCAGACUCUUGUAAACAAUACAUUUGUGCUUCACCUAUAGUUUCAAUGUGUUACCACAUUUUUAAAUAUUUUUGGGACACAUGUUGAUCUCAUUUUUAGGAAUGUGAGGCUGUACAUCAAUGAGAAAACUCUGCAUUUGGCUCGCAGACAUGCUAAUCAGACAAAAUCUUCCAAUGAAUGUUUCCUUGUUGGAAGCAUCUCUGUUGACUCAAGUAAGUAAAGAGUAAAAAUCACACAAUGUCUUUGUUUUAAUUAUGUCCUGAGGAUCACUCUACAGAACACUGUCAGUAUCUGAGCAACUGAGUACCUACCCCUCCCCUGACCCAUCUUCAGCCCUAACUCAUCAUCAGUUGACUUUUAUUGCAUUAGGGGAGGGGAAGGUGUGUAGUUGCUUGGAUACUGACACUGAUCCCACUCUACAACUCAACCCCUAACAAAAAAAGCAUUAAACAAACAUGAAAAGACUUAGUGAAGUGGAGCUAGUGAAGAUGUGGGGUACUUCUAAUAAUUUAAUCUAUUACAACUCCUUGAAACAUUUCAGAAGAGGACAGUAUUGAUGUAACAGUGGACAGAUUUGAUCCAGGCAGAGAAGUUGUGGUCAAACAGGGUAUGGUUGUCACUUGAUCUUUCUUUAUUAUUAUUAGUAUUUUUACGUCAAGUUGCUUUGAUCUUGAAUGUAAAACAUUACAUGUACCUGUUGAUUUUAGUCAUAACAACCUCAAUGCAAGCCACCAAUUUCAUUUUUAUUUUAUUUAUGGUUUCAGGUACUGGAAAAGUCAAAAGGAAAGUUCCCACUACAGUUGUUCCUGGAGACCAAAUCGUGCCUAUAACUGUGAGUUGUUACAUUCAAAAAUUACCAACUGCUUUUCCCCACAACAUUGUUUAUUUCCAGUAAAGAAAUUUGCCCCCUAUCUUCUUACUGAUCUACAUCGACAGUGUUGAAAGUAAACUGUUAAAUAUAGCUGAUAGCACAAAAUAAGUUGUUCCUAACAAGGUUGAUAGCACUCUAACAAAUUUUGUGUGAUAAUCAGAAGGUUAGCAGUUAAAGAUACAUGUGUGUAAGUAUGACAUUCUAUUUUUCUGCUUUAUUUUCAAGUUAAUCCAAGGUCUGAGUGGUGCUGAGAACUCUGUAACACACACAGUUGAAGAAUUUCAGAGAGCAUUUCAGGUACACAAUCCAUGAACACAGUCUAGAUAAUUAACAAUGAUUCAUGUUAGUACAUGUAUUAUUGCUUACUAGUUAGUGGUUUUGAAUUUAAAUAUUCAUGAAUAAUGUUGAAACCAUUCUCUUUGAAUUGUUUUGGUUACUGGUAUCGAGAUAAGGUGCCAGUUCCCAGCAUAAUUUAACAGUUUCAUUUUAUUCAGUCAGCAAAGACUUCAAAUCUCUCCUUUGAAAAGUGAUACUCCAAACUGAAAAGCAUCUUUUGUACUCCUUGGAAUUGAAUUUACUUUAUCAGGUUCAUCACUUCCUAGGUAACACUGACAAAAAAGUGUUCUUGCUUUAAUCACCUAGCAUGAGGUGAUUAUAACAAGAUAUGACUAAAUACUCAACCAAUCAGAGUGUGUGCAUCUUUGUAAUCACCUGAGCAAUUAUACUAAAAGUAUAUAUCUACAUAUUACUAUCAUAUUAAAAACUGCAAUACAAUCAUUACCUUCAAUAAAUAAACUAAAAAAUUAUGACAUAUUUCAAAGUUUGGUCUAAAUUGGAUUGGUUAUGAUUAUGCAGGGGUUAUAACCACUCUUGAUUAAAGUAAACAGUAAAAACUUCUUGUUGGCGGCUUUGAAGUCUAGUGUUAUAAAUUUCUGAGAGAGUGGGUGCCAGUUUUGUUUGAGUUAUAAGGCAAAUUUUGCCAGUUGCUUAUUGACAAAACCAACUGAUGGUAAAAAUUUUUAUCAUCAAUUAGGUCCAGUUUAGUAGGAUUAGCAGCCAAGAAACUGUGAAUCUGUCGCACCUUGUGAGCUUGAAGGUCUGCUGUCACUCACAUGGGGAUACUGAUGAGAUCAUAUUCAAUGUUAACUGUAAGUGUAACAAUGACACUAACAGCUUUGGGCAAAAUUAAAUCAUUUCUAGUAAUUUUUUUAAAAAUUAAGCUGUGAAUGUAUAAUUUUUGUUCUGAUUUUCUAGAGAUAUUAUAUUUAUCCUCUCUAACAGCUUGUUAACCCCAUGAUUAACUUGAAAUGUCUCCCUAUAAUAUCCAUAAAUUAUUCAGCAAACAGGUGAUGAGAAUAUUCAAACUUAUCAGGUAGAAGCUGCUCUCUUGAUCUAGUACCAAGUUCUCAUAACUACUUUACAAGGAAGUGUCUCACAGCUAGAGGGGAGAAUUAACAAUCAGAUCUUGGGAGUUAAAGGGUUGAUCAGUUAUAAAAUUUUGGUAUCCUAUUAAGAUAUCACCCCUUGGCUGCAAAUUGAAUUUUUAUUCCUAUCAUAUUUUCACUGAUCAAGGUAGUGACAUUGUGAGGAGAGGGUACAGGCCAGUCAGUUUUAGGAGUUGAGUGGUUGAAGGAUCCUUCAGAGAUCUAAAAAAGAAAUUAGAGAUUGUCAUACAUUUGAAAGCAUGUACACAGACCUUUGGUGCUCUUCUGAAUUUCUCUGCAGGAAUUCUCUAAUUAAUAUCUCAUAGUGUCCAAUCCAAACCACAAAAAUUCAUUUUCUUUCAAUCAAAUUUUGUAAAGAUUAUGGCUGAGACUUCACAAAGGUUUUGAGAAUCCUACUGAUCCUUUUAAGGUUUUUUGUCAUGUGAGCACAUUUACUGUCAAUGAAACAGUUUCCAGCAUUUGUUAAAUUUCUGUGCUAAAAUGAGAUAGCUGUGUAUGUGCCCAGUGCUGCUUUCACCUCACAGUAAAUUAACUUCCAGAAUUUACUCUUCAACUUAAGGUGGUGUUAUCACCAUGGGAACAAGACUGUGUGCCACGCCUGUAGCAGCUGUACCCAUCAUUCCAACAGCGCUGGCCAGAAAUUUGUCAGGUCCACUAAGACUUAGUGAGGUUCAAGGCAUACCAAAAUAUGGGUGAGUAAACUAUGUGGGUAAGUGAAAGACAUUCAUGACAAUUAUUUUAUAAUUUAAUCCUCUUUCAGUUACAGAAUAUUAUUAUUGGUGGCUCUUUAUUUACUCUUUGCAAUUUGUGUCUUAAUUGAAAUGCCUUCUUAUUUAUGCAAUACGUUUCUUGUUACUUCAGAUAUUUGACUAUGGAUCACACAAGGAAAUUACUAUUGCUGCUCGAAUCAGAUCCAAAGGCAGUUUCUUUACCACUUCUUGGAAUGUAUGUUGAUUAUUUGAUAAUAAAUAUUCUCAUCUUUUAAAAACAAGAUGUGUAUACUUUUCAAUAAAAUACCAUUUCGUGCUCCACAUCUAGUCACUGUCAGUUCAAUGCAUACAUGAGUGUAGUUGGAUCUAUGAAUUUUUUGAAAAUUUUAUGCUUUUUCUACUUGAUAAUUUGACUAGGUCUGUUGAAUAAUUUGUUUUAGUUGGGUCAGUGGAAUUUACAACAUUCAUCAUCCUUUUAUAUGGGCCUGCUGUCUGCGGUUUCUCCACUCAGCAGCUCUUCAGCAAAGGUAGGUCUAAAGUAACAAGAACUUUCAUAAACCAUUUGACCCCCUUAACCCUUUCACUCUCAAGAUCAAAUUAGUAAUUCUCCUUACUAUCUGCCAUACAAUUCUUAUGAUGUUAGUUCAGAGAAUUUGGUAUUGGAUCAACUAAUAAUCUCAUGAUUGAUAUUCUUCUCUAUUCUCAUCACCUACCUGCUUGAUAUUGUAUUGAUAUUGUAAGGAGAAAUUCUGUCUUGGUCACCUGUGGGAGUGAAAGGGUUAAGUGAAAUUGUCCAAUUUCUCCUUACAAUAUCACCAAUAUGAAUGAUGUUAAAUUGCUGCAGAAUUAACCAGCCUCUAAUGAGUAAGCAAACACCUCAGCCUUUUAACUCCCAGAUCAAAUUCGUAAUUCUCCUUACUGUCAACUUUACAGUUCUUAUAAUGUCAGUUCAGAGAAUUUAGUGUUAGAAUAUCAACCAAUUGUCCCCAAAUUUAUAUUUUUCUUUAUUCUCAUCACUUAUCUGAUUGAUUUUGUAUUGACAUUGUAAGGAGAAAUUCUGUCUUGGUCACCCGUGGGAGUUUAAGGGUUAACAGUUGGUGUUAUAAGAAAGAGAAUCUCCAAGCCCUUACCUUCAAGGUAAUAAGUCUCUUGGUUUCUUGUUCUUCAGGGUGUUUGCUCCUCCAAACUCCUUUCUACUUCUGUUAUAUUCCCCUGUGAAGAGUACACCAGAAUUCUGGGAAUGCCGACAAGAUCAGGUAAAAAUAGGCUUAAUACUAGUAACAGAGUACCCUUGAGUCAUCAACUUACUGGAAUUUAGAGCUACCUAUUGUGUUAAACUUCAGUCUGUAUUUCUGGCUUUGUACUUGGCAGCACAUCCACUGCUCUGUUUUCCUGAAUAUCUUUUAAACCUCAUUUGUGUCUCAACACCUUUUCCAUUCCUUGAGAAGUUUGUAAACACACAAAUUCCUCCAAUGCUCAUAAAAGACAACAGCUGAUGAGGUAUACAGAAUAAAUCUGUCAGUUAAUUUUGUACACAAAAUUAAAUUUUAUUGCUUUAGACAGAGAGAAAUGAUAACUUAUUUUCUUUGUAUUUCUGCUUCUGAUAUACAGGGGAGACCUGAAGUGAAAAUGUUUGAGUACCAUAGUUGUUACGAAAACUUGCACUUGGAAACAGUGAGUACAAAUAUAGAGGAUUGUUACAGAUUUUCGUAACCUUUAGCAUACAUAAAAGAAAAGUUAUGGAGUGAUAGGAGACUUUUAAAGUAUUUUCUAGUAGUAUACUUUGAAUUUAAGUGGAAAGUAAAACAAACACCUUGUAACUUCUUUCAGCCACUUGGUUCCAGUUCUACUGAGCCAUUGUGCUUUGAGCUGUUUCCAGCUCCUGAGGGAAUGGGAAGAAGUCAUUUUGAGCAAGCCAUGCAGAACUGGGAGAAAGAACAAAGAACAACAAGGUAACUUGAGAUGGUUGAAACAAUGUAAUCACAGCAUACUGUUGGAGUUAAUUUAAAUUUGCUCCAUCAGGUAAGAUGCAUUCUUCAGCAGUGGUUUAGCACUGCAAAGACUAAUUAAAUAUGGCUAACUCUUGACUAGUAAUAGAUGACACUAAUCAAUGUCUUUUUUAUUAUUAUUUGAUCAUGUGAUUUACCAGGUUAGGUGAAGAUGAAGAUCUUUCUCCCAGGAACCAACCACUCCCUCUAAUGAGAGAAGGACCUGAGGAAGAGGAAUUCACUCCAGUUCCCAGGCCCUCUCCUUCUCCUCAUCCUCAAAACUUCCAGGUGAGACAUUUGAUACAAACUACAAACAGUCAUUCAGGGUCAAAAAGAAUCAUCAUGAGUUUUAAUUGCAAGUGUAGAACCUAUAAUGUCUAAACACUAGCAUUGAUUGUAGCAGUGUUAUAGUAACUUAACAGAAACAGCUUUGAAGCUCAUGUCUUUUUAAUCUUUCAUCACAGCUUGUAGCCAAGACAUCUCUAUCUCUCAGCUUUGAUGUGGAAGCAACAGCUGACACCUCAGAACAGGGCUUUGCUAAUCAGAAAAUCCUACCCAAUCCAAAACAAUGUGUGCAGGGUUCAAAAUUGCAGAGCCCGCAAGACCAAGAAAAUGAUCAUACAAAAAGUAUCAGUUCUGUAGGUUUAGUAAAAGGGAAAAAAUUGGCGGCAAAGAACAGCAGAGAAGUUAAUUCGCCAUCAAGAGAACCAUUGAGGCCAAUCUUAGCUCCAAAUCAUACUCACUCAAGGGUUAUGAUGACAAAACAAACUCAUCCAUCAUUACCUCAGAAAAGACAUUUAUCACAAGGCUUGGUUCAAUCAGUUUCCACUCAGAGAGUAACUAGUGCAUUACAUCAUAAAAAUCAGAGACCUCAGCAUGCUCUUGCAGAAGUCACCUCUGCUAAGUCUAAAAGAGAUGGAAAACAGGUAUUCUUGGAGCAAGUGGAUGUUGUUCAUGGAACUGAAGUGGGGAAAGAUAAUCAUCAACAGAACACAAAUCCAGUCAUGGUAGCCAAACCUCAAGGCUCAAAAAGUGCAGAUCAUGAAAAAUUGCACAGUUUUACAGGACAGGGUGAGGUUUCCUCAAAGCACAAAGUUGAAGGAAACAAAGGGAAACCGUUUGAUCAGAGACAGUCUAUUAGAUCAGCAGAUAACAGGAACAAUCCAAAAUUAGUAAACCAAAUUCAAAAGUCUUGUUUGGAGACAGUUUUUGAAGGAGAAACCCCAGAUGGGACUUUAAAUCAAAGUAAAGAUGAAAGACAACCAGAACUUCAAAUUAUUGAGGAAAACUUCCCCACAAAUAAUAAAUUGUGUAGGGAAGAAAAUGCCGGUGUCAUCUUGGAUCAAGAUGAAGAAACAGUGCAAGGAAAUGUUCAAGAACUAAGAAGUAGUACAGAAAAAGGAUUUUAUGUUCAUUCUCCAGACAGCAGAGAACACAUUUUUGAAGAGUUUACUUCAGGUUCUGUGGUGAGUGAGAAUGUGCCACUGCAAUCUCAGGAGAAAGAAAGGCUGACACCAAAAGCUAAUGAAGAGGAUAAUGACAUCCAAAAGCAUCAACAGUUAUUUCAGGAAGAUGCAAAGGUUGCAGGAAAUAUUACUGCAAUGACAAGAAAGGAGAGUUCCACAUCAGUGGAAGGGUCAACCCUUCCUGAUCCUUACCAGCUUCUUAUGAGACAAGAAGCUCAGCUAAGAGAACUUCAAGAACAGGUACAUAACUGAUAUUGCUGUGUGUGACCAAGACGGAAUUUCUUGUUACACUGUCAAUACAAUAUCAAGGACACAAGUGAUGAAAAUAAAGAAAAAUAUCAACAGGGUGAUAAUUUGUUGAUCCAAUACCAAAUUCUUUGCAAUGACAUCAUACAAAUAGUAUGGCAGACAGUAAGGAGAAUCACUGAUGGGAUCCUAGGAGUGAAACGCUUAAAUAAGUUAUAAUUUAUGGAAGCCAAAUCAUUUUUACAUUGUUUAGUGUAAAUCACCUAGAAAACCUGCUAGAUUGAAACCCUACACACCCUAACAGUGAUAGGGAUCUAAUUUCUCCGCAGAAGUAUAACCUCUUGAAUCAAGCAUUGAGGUCAUUCAAAUCAAAGAAAUGAUUGCAAAUUUAAGAAGCUCUGUAUUUUAACUCUUGAUUGUUGAACAAAUUCUCCUUGUAAGAAUCAUAGGAAAUGUGUGGAAAAAAAUUGGGAGAAUUUGCAAACUUAUAUUAGGAUGUAAAGGGUUAACACCAAUUUUUUUUUUAUUUUCCUCAGAUCAAACUACUUCUACAGCAGCAAAAUGCUCAGCUUCUUCCCACUCCCAAUGCACUCUUAACUCCUCCCAGAUCUCCUCACUUGGAAAGUUGCCAUGGCAAUGACAGGUCACCUAAUUCCUCCCCCAUCUCUAUGGUUACAGCAUGUACCAACACAGGAGCUAGUCUGCUAUUUGGAACACCUUUAAAGUUUAUUGGCAAAAGAUCAGCUGCUACAUCACCAAUUAAGGAAAAGGACUUGAAUCUGAGUAGAAGGUCUGUUCAGAAAGUUGAGCUCAUUCAAAUUAUUUUCUUUUCUCUGUCUAUAAUCCAUCUUCAAUAUGCACAGAUAUUUGUCUGUGGACAUAAUCUGUACUGAGACGUGAACAGGUUUUCUGAGAAUUACAUGAUUCCUUUAUGUCCCUCCUUUGUCUAACACCACAUAACACUUUUAGACAAGUGGAUCUUGCUAUGGCAUUUUUUAAGAAAUGCUUUGGACAAAGUUUAAAUUCUGUAUAGUAUAUUAUACUAUGUUUACUUGUUUACAUUUCAAUUCCAGAACUUUGUCAUCAUCAAGUCAAAUUGCAAGUGAAAUGAGCUCACAGACAGAUCAGGUUAACUCUAAGCAGUCACACCAGUCUAACUUACCUGCCAAUCCUGAUGAAUUAGCCAAUCAGGUGAUAGAGAUUGAUGACCCUAGUCAAACAUUAGCCUCUUCUCUUCAAGCUGUGGAUAUCCCAAGCUUUGUUGAUAGUCCCUCAGGUUUGACUAGCCCCAGUUCUAAUGAUAGGGCUGAAGGAGGAGGCAUGGAAACAAAUUUCACUAGCCCUGUGUUAGGUGAGUAUAAGCUUCAAAGGGAAAAAAUUAUCAGCUUCUCUAUUUGAAAUCUGCUUGAAGCAAAAAGCCUGUUUGAACUGAUACCAUCAUUCUCAGGUAGAUGCACUGUCACUGUUCUGUGCAUGCUGCACUUUGCAGUGUGAGAGGUAGAUGCCUUGUCAAUGCACUGUACUCUUGAUCAAGUUGUACUCUUGAUCAAGUUGUACUCUUGAUCAAGUUGUACUCUUGAUCAAGUUGUACUCUUGAUCAAGUUGUACUCUUGAUCAAGUUGUACUCUUGAUCAAGUUGUACUCUUGAUCAAGUUGUACUCUUGAUCAAGUUGUACUCUUGAUCAAGUUGUACUCUUGAUCAAGUUGUACUCUUGAUCAAGUUGUACUCUUGAUCAGGUUAGAGAGGAGACUUGUGAGAUGGACACCUAAUUGAAAAAUAUGUAAAACUACUUGGUUCAUGAGAUGGUGCUUGUCCUUCCAUGCUAAAUCACAACUUUUUCAACUUAUAACUGUUUCAAUGACAACCCCACCCCACCCCCACCCAAAAAAGUCAAUAAAUACGAAUAUAAUAAUUCAUUAAUUUUAAAUAAAUUGAAUAUUAUCAAAGUGAUCUGCUUUUUUUUUUCCACCACAACUGUAGGUGAAAGUGCAAGUAUUCUAAUAGAACAGAGACAGAAAGAAUAUAAAUCACGAUCAAAAGAUCAGGAACUAGUUGGGGGAAAUGAUGACAAAAAUGGCGAAUCCAAUCAUGAUGGCCUGUUACAAAUAAACGAACGCCAGUUCUAUGACAACUUAUUGGUAUGUGCCUAUUGCAACUAUGUAUUGAUAUGUAGGUGAUCAAGAUGUGUAAACACAUCCAGUGGGAAUUCAUGGAUUGAAUGUCCUACUUUCUGCCUCAAUCAAGUAUCCAAAUCUUUGCACCACAUUUAGGACCAAGUCAAGAACAUUCUUGACCAUCAAGUUCAAGAACACCACACAUCAGAAGACUCUCCUAAGAAAUCUGUUCUCAAAGAACCAACCACACCCUAUUAUGCCACCCGAGAGGAAGUUGUUAUGGCAACAAUGGGGGAGUUGAAAAAGUUAAAGGCCUCACCUCCUGGAGCUAAAGAUGAACUUACCGAGUGAGAAUCUUCUCUCAAUAUGUUGCAGUGUAAUGUGUGACAUGUAAAUAGGUUAAACUAUUAUUAUUUUAAGGAGUUACCUGCUUAGCUGCCCCAAAAAACUCAUCAACAAUUCAGUUCCUUCUCCUGGAUGGGAUGCUAUUCUAUCAUUGGUAACAUCAUAGCAUUUCUUCAGUUUUCCCUAACAAAUUGAUAGUUCCCAUUUUAAGUUCCAGGUGAAGAGAGAGAAUGUUUGUCUCCAUUCCAACCAAUCUUUUGCAAUCCUCUUGGUUGAGUCAAACACAACCGGAGUUGCAGGCCUGUGCUCUCCUAGCACCUGGUGACCCCUGACACCUUACUUUUUUUACAUUUUUGUUUUGUUUUUUUCAUAAAAAGCAUAUGCUGGGCACCCUGGAUUUCACAAUUUCAGAGCACUGAGCUCCCUUCGAUUUUGUAUGAGAGCUCAGCCUUGUGCUGUUUCAGUUUGUCCUAAGCUUUCCCUCAGCAAGUUUUGUCAGCUGCCCCUCUUUCAACCAUGAUGAUGGAAGCCACCACAAUAAAGACCAUGUCAUCACAAUCUCCUUUUUUCAGUCAUCAUAAAUGAACAUCGGAAAACAAUGAAAACUUCAUAAAAUGGCUAUAAGAAGCUUGGAGGGUAGAGAAGAGUGGGGGCAAGGGGGGGAGUACAAUGGGGGGAGUACAAUGGGGGGAGCACAAUGGGGAGUAGCCGUAAACAGAUGAGUUCUCCAUCCUAUGGGUGUCGUCACUUUGUACAAAGUAAAUUUCCUAAGGGUGAUCACUUAGCAAAAGAGAAAAGAUAAUUCUACACCUAAUCAGCAGAAUUCUCUGACUUAAUUUUGAUAGCCUGAAAUGUAUUUUUAUUCAGAGGUGGAUAAUAUUUUCCUGUCACUUUACACAACUAUUCUGCUUCUUCAGUUCUUCUUAAGAACCUUGCUUCCUGCAGUUGUAGUACAUUUAGGUUUUUGAGUGUACAAAGCAACAUAGUAGAAGGAUAAUGGUUAGUCCUCUUUUGUAUCAUCAGGAACCAUGUAAGCUCUCUCCCCAAACAAUGGCCAUUCCAUAAAUCAGCAUCACUGAGUAACAUACCAGAUCAACCAAACAUUAGCUACUUUUCACUGUCAGUCGACGACACUCUCGAUGAAGUUUUUAGUGAAGCAGACUUCAAAUACCUCACUGACGAUCAAAAGCAUGAGCUUCGACAAAUCAACAGUUGUGGAAAAAGCCACAGCCGCCACAGAGCUUUUACUUUUGACAAUGAUAUUUCUCGAUCUCCCAUGGACUAUACAUGGAAUAACUUAUCCAUGGCUACCCAGCAAUACCUAGGAAAGUACUGCCUAGCUCCACAACAUCCUACAAUUUCUGAAGGUCAACAUGGACCAACUAUGGCCACGAAAUCAAAAAGAACCUCUGCUUGUGAUUCUGAACUAUUCAACUCUGAAACAUUCCGAGGUUGUGAAGCACCACCUCCUACUCCAGAGCCUGCCCCCAAAGAUGAAAAUACUUCAAAUAUUUUAGACAUAACCAGGCUGAAAAAGCUUCCUAAGUUAAUUUGAUGUGUGAGAUACUGACAGAAGUAGUUCUGAAUCUUAAAACAGAGGCCAUUGACCGGGAUUGACCUAAAGUUAUGGGUGGAGAGGAUUGCAGUGAGUGGAGUUUAGAGGUCAGGAUUAGUUUGUGAAAUUAUUAAUUUAGCUGGUUAGGGAAAUUUUGCCUUUUCAGGGUAAUGUAGGGGAAUUUCAAAAUCCUAUGACUGUGGCAACCAUAACUAGGAUAUCCCCUUCCACACUGAAAGGAGUUGGAAUGUGAACACAUGGUUUUUCUCUGGAAUGUUACACAUCUAGUAGAAUCUAGAGAUUUGUGAAACACUUAUGAUUCUCCAAUUGCCAUCAAGACUUCCUUUGUGACUGUGAACUUACCAUCUUAAAGUAUAAGUGGAGAUGAUUUAUAUUUAAUCUAAGGCCAUGAAAUUACAAAUUAGAGGUAAAAAAAUUGGCAUGUCAGAGGCCAAAAGAGAUCACCAAAAGCUUGGUUUGAAUAUAACAAAUAAAACAAAACUGUAACCAAGGACAGCACCCUGAAAUUAUUUAUUCCUCAUUUAAUCAUCCUACCUGUAAAAUUUCACAAAGACCUGCUAAAGGCAUUUGAAAAGAAUAUUGUAUUGACAGUACUGCUUUUUAAGCUUCAAAAAGUAAACUUAAUCCUAGUCAAAUAUUUGCCCCCACAGGGUUUUUGGCCCCAGAGGGCCAAAAACCCGAGGAGGCACCUUAGGACUCCCCAUGUAAUAUAGAGGAAGACUGGAGAAGAGAGAAUGUGGGUAUUUUCGGUAGAUCAUAACCAGAAAAAAUCUCGAUUUGAUCGCUUGCAUGGCCGCAAGGUAUCAACGUUUUUCCCGCA